AUUUGACCUAAAAACCAUUAUUUCCAUUGCACCAGAAAAACACAACCGCACAGGAACACAACAAGCUUCCCUGCAAUGGCGAUGAAGGAUUUCACCAUCUUCUUUGUCGCUCUCCUCUUCCUCGCUUCUCCUUUCCUCCAAGUUGCUAGGUGUCAGUCGGAGUCCGAGACAGAAGUUGUAGAAGGAGGCGAUAUUGGCCUUGUUGGUGAGGAUGUUGUGGAUUUUGGUGAUGGGAGUUUCUCUCCAGCUGCAGGAGUUGAUACAGUUUGCGUUUUCCCCAAAAAUAGUGCAAAAUUGGUUACUGCUGGCGAAGAAACUGAGCUUCUGGUUGGGAUGAAAAAUGAUGGUGAGUUGACUGUGAAUGUCAUUGCAAUUAAAGCUAGUGUUCAUCUUCCUAUUGAUCAUAAACUACUAGUUCAAAAUCUCACAGCACAGGUCUUCAACAAUGCAUCUGUGCCUGCUUCAGCUCAAGCUACUUUCCCAUACGUAUUUGCUGUGAGCAAGUAUUUACAGCCUGGAACUUUUGAUCUUGUGGGCACCAUAGUUUAUGAGAUUGACCAGAACCCAUUCCAGAGUACCUUCUAUAAUGGUACCAUUGAAGUUGUGGAGUCCGGUGGUUUCCUUAGUAUUGAGUCUGUUUUUCUUGUUACCCUUGGGCUUGCACUUCUCUUUCUACUGGGAUUGUGGCUUCAUGGUCAACUUCAGCGCAUUUCGAAGAAAAACAAGAAGGCUCCAAAGGUAGAAGUGGGAACUCGAUCUACUGAUGCUUCAAUGGACGAAUGGCUUCAGGGAACUGCAUACGCUCAGUCACUGUCCAAAAAAGCAAAGAAGAAGUAGAUGAGCAUUCUUCCUCAAUUUGGCUGCAUCCGGCAACCAUUAGGGAAGUGCCACCUUACUGUAACUCACGCCUAGAAGUUUCGAAAUGAAUGAGCUUAUAGGUAGUUUUUAAAAUUAGGUCCUGGAAAAAGACAUGUGAAAGAGUUUUUUACAUCCUCUUGAGAUGCUGAAUCUUAGAGCCUUUUUAAACCAAAUCUAACUUAGUGAUUUGAGAUAGAAAUGUACAAUUUUGUUGAAACUAUUCUUUUUCAAGAUAUGUUAUUUAUCUGUUCCAAAUUUGUUAUUUUGCAAUUAAGCUCGUUUGCUGCCCAUAUAUGUUGGUAAGUUUCUAUCUGUGUACACAAUGCUAAUAUAAGAAUAGUAGAGGU